AUGUCAAAAUCCACGUCAAAAAAGCUAGUAACACUCCGCGGCGUCUUGGCCCAGCUUCCAGAUAAAGACGUCCUGCACAAAUAUCUCGGAAGGUCGACAACUGCCCCCAACCUACUUUGCGACGCUGUCCUCGUCGUCCUUCACCGCAAAUGGUCAGCUCACCCACCGUAUCGCCUCAUCGAGCUAGGAGUUACCACCUACGACCGAUCUAGCAUCAAUCAAGGGCAGCCUAUCAUGGCUGGCCCGCACGCAGAAGACCUGCUACGCAAAGUAUGGUGUCUACACCUUGUCAUCCGCUCCACUGCGCACCUAGACUCUACAGACACCGGUCUCGACCCCUUCCACUUCGGCACCACGGUCUAUGUCUCCCAAGAAGAAGCUCUCUCCCUACUCCAGCAGAUCUGGCGCCAGCCCAUGGACGAGCAGAAUGAGGAUGCAGGCUACCGACCCAUCAUAUACAUGUUCUUUGGCUCCAACUGUAGCAUCAGCAGGGUACGCAAGACGGCGUUCGACUUCGACCCAACCCUUCUGGAUACCACGGUAGCGAGUCUUGAUGCGCAAAUCAUACCCCAGCAGUCGAAGAUUACCCGCCACGCAGACGCCGACUUCGCAUACCUCCUCAGACAGUUCAGCGUCCCGGUAUAUCACUCCGAUAACAGCGGCAACGCAGCCAUGUACGCCACCAUCGUCGCUAUCCUCUCAACCCUCCGCUUCGAGCUCUAUGGGUCUCUACAGAAUGCGAAGGCAAAGCCGGGGCGGGUGGGCCAGUCAAGUUCCAAGUCUGCGAUGUUCGUGGUGCAGAGCUUGAUGAACUGGCCCACGCCGGCGCCGCCUGUUGGCGUGGAAGUGUUUUGCUGGAGGUGUGGGAGUGUGUCACAAUACGGAUCUGAAGUGUAG